AUGGCAAGUGCUUCAUCGGCCACGCCGGCUGGAGAUCAAGAGGACAGGCCACUCCAGCAACCCAGCUCUCAGACACAAACCAACCAGACAUCGGCCCCCACAGAGCCAGAGUCUUUCUCACAGUCUGCAGCGGAAGAGGCGCCAGAGACGUACGAGGCCACCCACGUUCACGCAGUCUACGAAGCCAUCGCACCGCACUUCUCGGCCACCCGCCAUAAGCCUUGGCCUCGGGUUGCCAGCUUUUUGCUAUCUCAGCCGCCCGGUAGUCUCGGCCUCGAUGUGGGAUGCGGCAACGGCAAGUAUCUACGUGUCAACCCGUCUGUCCACCUGCUUGGCUCCGACCGGAGUCCAGCUCUCGUCCAGCUCGCCCGGACUGAGCUGAGACGGCCUCGGGAAGACGGUGUCGAGCAUGAUCCUAGAGUAUCUGAUGUAGAUGUGGCUGUCGCCGAUGGCUUCGCACUUCCUUAUCGCAAGGGAGCCGCUGACUUUGUUAUCUGCAUCGCUGUUGUGCACCAUAUGUCGACACGCGAGAGAAGACAAGCCGCCAUUGCUGAGUUACUGGCACUCGUAACUCCCCAAGCCGGCCGUGUGCUCGUCUAUGUGUGGGCUCUGGAGCAGGCGUCAAGCCGUCGCGGGUGGGACGCGAGCAGUGACCAGGAUCGCCUUGUGUCGUGGGUGAUGCGGAAGCCAAAAGGUCAAGAACCCGGAGGCACGUUCCAGCGCUAUUACCACCUGUACAAGGAGGGUGAGCUCGAGGAGGAUGUCAAGGCGGCUGGGGGCAUCGUUGUAGAGACCGGCUAUGAGAAGGAUAACUGGUGGGUGGUAUGUAGUCGACCGUCGUGA